AUGUCAGUUGAGUCAAUAGUCUUUGUAUCUGGUACAUGGUUCCUAGUAGGGCAUGCACGAGGCUGUUUCCAGUGUGUCAUCCAGGCCAUUGCCCUCCGACACUUCCUUGUUGUGGGGACGGAUGAGAUGAGGGAGAUUCAGCUGCUACCAGGGAGGAGAGGAGGUGGAGAGUUGUUAUCUGUUCAGGGAGCACGGAGGCAUGUGGACUCCCACCUGGGGGACUAUCUAUGUUGUAUCAACAGGCUCGCCUAUCUGGGAGUACAGGCCAUAAAGAUAGGGCUGCAGCCUCUGGAAUGCCUGUGUGAGUACAAGUGUGACUCCAAGCCUGUGUGUGAGUACAUGUGUGAUUCCAAGUCUGUGUGUGAGUACAAGUGUGUCUCCAAGGCUGUCCUGUGUGAGUACAAGUGUGACUCCAAGCCUGUGUGUGUAUACACAUGUGAUUCGAAGUCUGUGUGUGAGUACAAGUGUGACUCCAAGUCUGUGUGUGAGUACAAGUGUGAUUCCAAGUCUGUGUGUGAGUACAAGUGUGAUUCCAAGCCUGUGUGUGAAUACAAGUGUGACUCCAAGUCUGUGUGUGAGUACAAGUGUGAUUCCAAGCCUGUGUGUGAGUACAUGUGUGAUUCCAAGUCUGUGUGUGAGUACAAGUGUGAUUCCAAGUCUGUGUGUGAGUACAAGUGUGACUCCAAGCCUGUGUGUGUAUACACAUGUGAUUCGAAGUCUGUGUGUGAGUACAAGUGUGAUUCCAAGCCUGUGUGUGAGUACAAGUGUGAUUCCAAGCCUGUGUGUGAGUACAAGUGUGAUUCCAAGCCUGUGUGUGAGUACAUGUGUGAUUCCAAGUCUGUGUGUGAGUACAAGUGUGAUUCCAAGUCUGUGUGUGAAUACAAGUGUGACUCCAAGCCUGUGUGUGAGUACAAGUGUGAUUCCAAGCCUGUGUGUGAGUACAUGUGUGAUUCCAAGUCUGUGUGUGAGUACAAGUGUGAUUCCAAGUCUGUGUGUGAAUACAAGUGUGACUCCAAGCCUGUGUGUGAGUACAUGUGUGAUUCCAAGCCUGUGUGUGAGUACAUGUGUGAUUCGAAGUCUUUGUGUGAGUACAAGUGUGACUCCAAGCCUGUGUGUGAAUACAAGUGUGACUCCAAGCCUCCUGUUUAUAAGGAAGUAGGCCAGAAUGACAGUACACUCCGGCUCCAGCUGGCAUAA